ACUAAGCCAAAAACUCAUUUUCUAUCAUAUGCUUGCAUCAGAUUGACGCAACAAUACUCAAAAAUAAAAAAAAAUCACCAUUGGCUCCUCAAAUUUUAUCCACUAAAAUAAUUCUUAGACGUGGGAGUUCAUUCGCUCCUCAAAAAACCAAAAUUUGUAACAGGAGAAGUACGUAGUCCAUCAACCUUAUAUGUUAGUCAACAUCUAUUUAAUUUUUUAGACGUGAGAUCACAUGUGAGUUGUUUUUCAAUAAUUUAGAGGUCUAACUCAUAGAAAAAACCCCUGUAAUUAUAAGAGCUGAUUAAGGGUGUUUUUGACAGUUGACUAGAUUGCAUAUCUGCUUAAACAGCUAAUCUAAAUCUGAAAGCACAAAAAGAUCUUCUUAUUGGCCAAACAUUUAUAAAAAGACUGGAAACAAAAAUAGUUUCUGUCUCAUUUAUUUUCUCUAUUCAUCACAAUCUUUAUUAGAGUCAGUAGCAGCAGCAGCAGAACAACUGAACAAACACAGAGACACCCAGAAAAUUGCAGUAAAUACUACACAAAAACAGAUUGGUGGGUAUUUCUAGAGUUCACAUGAUAAAAUUCUCUACCCAAAAAUACUUUAUUUUCAGCCACAAAAUCUGUUAUACAGAUAUGGUAUGAAUAUGAAUCAAUGAUCAGGCUGAAUUAGGUGUUUUCUUCCUCUGGUUUUCUCUGUUUUAAGCCUAUUUUUUGGGUUUUCUAGAAGAAAAUAUCAUUGAAGUUCUAGAAAAAAUGGAUUCUGAUUUUCAACAACAAUACCAACAUCAUUUUCAAGAUUUGCCUAGACAGUUUUCUCAUCAGAAGCAACAAAGUAAUGGUCUUACACGGUUUCGAUCAGCUCCAAGUUCGUAUUUUUCGAGUUUUCUUGAUGCUGCUGCUGAUACUAUCAGUAGUUUUAAUGGCGAUGGUGGUGGUGGUAGUGGUGGAGGUGGUGGAGAAAGACGAGAUUUUUUGAAUGCUCGACCGCUUAGUCCUGAAACUGAAAACAUAUUUUCAAGGUUCAUGUCUAGUAUUGGUGCUGAAAAUGACAAUCUGCCACAAAAACAGGCCGGAUUACAGAAAUACUCCGCUGUGCAAUCGGAUUUUUCUGUGUGUAUUAAGCAAGAAACCGAUAUUCAACAACAACAGCAGCAACAACAACAACAACAACAACGACAAUCGCAGCUGCAGCAACAACAAUUGCAACAACAACAACAAUUGCAAAAACAACAACAACAAUCGCAAAUGCAGCGACAACAACAACAACAAUCGCAGCUGCAGCAACAACAAUUGCAACAACAACACCGGCAAGGUGUUUACGACAAUCAAUCACAGAUGAUGUAUCACAGCCAAUCCAAACCACCGUUGUCAAAUCAUAACAAUUCAGGUGUAAAUUCAACAGUGCAAAAUUCACUUGGAGCAGCAAGUUCAAUAGGGAUGAAUUCAAUACCCCAGAUGAAGACUGGUAUGGGUGGUGGGGUCAACACUCUCACUAGGCAUAGCAGUUCUCCUGCUGGGUUUUUCUCCAAUCUAAACAUUGAAGGUUAUGGAACAUUGGGAGGGUCAGGAAACUAUGUAGAUAAUGAUCAGAUGAAUUUCUCAUCUGGGUUACCUUCUACUACAGAGAUCAUGAAUUCGAAUUCGGAUGUUGGGAGUAAAAGAUUAAGGAUGAAUAAUAUUGAUGAAACAAGGUUUGAUAAUCCCAGAAACAAUGAUAGAAAUUAUGAGUUCACUAUGAGUUCAUGGGAUGAUUCAAUUCUAUCUGAAACUUUUGAAGACACCAAGACAUUCCCUGAGCUAAAUUCAUCAGAAAAUCAGGGUGGAGAAGGCAAAAACCGGCCACCGCCUUUGGCUCAUCAUCUGAGUUUACCAAAGACAUUACCAGAACUGUCAAAUAUAGAGAAGUUCCUACAGUUUCAAGACACAGUUCCUUGCAAAAUUAGGGCUAAGAGAGGAUUUGCCACUCACCCAAGAAGCAUUGCUGAGAGGGUAAGAAGAACCAGGAUUAGUGAAAGGAUGAGAAAGCUUCAAGAUUUGGUGCCAAAUAUGGACAAGCAAACAAACACAGCAGAUAUGCUAGAUUUGGCUGUUGAGUAUAUCAAAGAUCUUCAGAAGCAAGUUGAGACACUAACCGAUAAUCAGGCAAAGUGCACUUGCUCAAGAUAGUUGGAUGCCAGCAUGUACAAACUAUGAAACGACGGUAAAGAUCAAUCAUGGGUUAAUUAUCUUUUUCUUUCUUAAGAUGCUCGAUCACACGUUAAAAGAUGACGAAAAAAAAAGAAAUUUAAACAAUUAUUAUUCUUGGUUCGCUAUUUCUUUUUUUAUUUAAGAAUUUACCGUAUAAUAUAGCAGAAUAAGUAGUACGAAAAAAAAAAUAGUAAUAUUGUUUCCAAGUGAAGGUAAGAUCUAGAUUCAAUGAAAAGCAGUAAAAAUGAGAAAAGUGAGUGUAUAGACAAGAAUCUAGGUGUCUGUAAAAUGGUUUUUAUGUGCAGAAAUGAGGAAAUGGAGAAAUUAUUAUUUUACUAUUCCCAGAAUGUGGGGAGAGAUUCCUCACUAAUUAUUAUGGCCAGCUUAAUUAUUUUGUCCUGUAGUGUAUUUUCUUUAUAUAAUAAAAAACAUUUAGGCAUCUCCAACGUAAUUAUAUAAUUUUAUAUUGCAUUUUAUAUUACUUGCAUUUAUUUUACUAUGAGUAUUAUUCUAUGUUUUCUCUGACCUGUAAGUUUGAAAAUUUCAAAGGUUACAUGUAAAGUAUGAUGCAAA